AUGGAUACCACCGCCUGCGAUCUUAUGGGCUGGACGCCUCUACACUACGCCUCCCUACGUGGCUUUGAGCCGAUGGUGUUGGCUCUCAUAGCAGAAGGCGCAGAGAUGAAUGCACAAGGUAGAGAUGGGAAGGCACCGUUACAUUGUGCAGCGAUGGCAGGUCGCUUAGACGUGGUGAGAUUGUUAGUUGAGGCAGGAGCGGUUGUUGAUAUUGUCGAUGCCUUCUGGACUACACCGUUGCACUGGGCCGUACGCAAGGGCUACGAAUCAGUUGUGCAAUAUCUGUGGCCUGAGACGUCUCACAAGCUGCGCGACUACAAGGGGAGAACCGCUUUGCACUUGGCACUAGCUGGAGGCAAGAUUGAAAUGGUCAAAACCCUGCUCGGUCAAAAACCUCGUGCUGAUACGGAAGCUAAAGAUAGAAACGGUCAAGCGCCGCUACACUACGCUGCGGAGAGAGGUCUGGACAACGUCGUGGAGUUACUGGUGGAAAAUGGAGCCGACAAAGACAUUCAGGAUCGUUACGGCGAAACACCACAACACUGCGCUGCAAGGAGAGGACAAGAGAUCGUGGCAAACUUCCUCAUUAAAGCAGGUGCUAGUACGGAAAUUCGGAAUAUCAACAUGUUGACGCCCCUACAUUUAGCCGUGCAGCAUGGUCACGGAGGUAUGGCGAAGCUGCUCCUUAAAGCGGGUGCCGAUGCGGAAGCGCAGAGCGACUAUGGUCAGGCUCCCCUACACUUAGCUGCGUCACAUAAUCACGAAGACAUUGCGAAGCUGCUUCUUGUAGCCGGCGCCGAAAAGGAACGGCGAGACGAUCUCGGAUUUACACCUCUCAUCCAUGCUAUUUGCUAUGCAGAAGAGGAGAAUAUGGUCAAUCUUCUUCUUGGUGCAGGCGCUCAUAUUGAAACCCGGGACCAUCGAGCCAGUACACCCCUGCACUUCGCUGCCCAGGUCGGGCAUGGGGCUAUCGCGAGGCUCCUUAUCAAUGCGGGUGCUGAUCAGGAAGCCCAGGAUGAAAAGGGUUUGACACCUCUGAAUUGGGCAGCGAAGAAAAGGCGGGAGGCCACAGUAAGGGUACUGAUCGAUGCAGGUGUCGAUAUGGAAGCUCAAGACGAGGAAGGGUUCUCGCCUUUACACAGUGCCGUGAAGCAAGGGGAUGAGGCUACUACUGCAAUGCUCAUUCAUGCAGGUGCCAAUAAAGAAGCCCGCAACAAGAAAGGAUCAGCGCCCCUACAUUCUGCUGUGGAGGCUGGGAAGUUGGGUACCGUGAGACUGCUUCUUCAUAAGGGUGCUGAUAAGGAAGCUCAGGAUGGGGAAGGGAUGACGCCCCUCUACGUAGCCGUGGCGAAACAUCAAGAUCGGUAUGAGUCCUGGCUUCGUGACCAUAAAAAAGCUAAGGGGGCUAAAUGGGAUGGAGCAGAUUUCCUGCGUGAAAAUGACGAUGAUUUCAAAGAGGAGGCGGCCGUGGUGGAGCUUCUUAUUAACGCAGGCAGCGAUAACGAUGCAGCAACCUUGAAUGGCUUGACGCCACGAUUGUCAGCUGGGAGAAGUCUUAACCCUUAUAUUCGUAAACUGCUAGAUAUAGAAGAGGAGUUAGAGUUAUGA